CCCCGGGUGGCGGAUGGGGGAACGCCUCCCAGAUAUGGGUGGUAGGAGUGAAAUGAAAUAGCUCUCGUGGACCAAAAAACACUCACCUGGCCGAAGGUAUAAAAGGCGAUGGAGGGACACCAUUUAAAAAAACCAGGCAUGAAGUCCAUAAAAGGGUCAAUGCUUACGGGACAGGGGUUCGGAACCCCAGAACCGGUCGGGAAUGGUGGUGGCAGUGCAGGCCCCACCCGAUCGUCAACCAGCGACUGUACGGCCCCGGGGGCAAACCAGCCCGGGAGCUCGGCAAUAGCUACUGGGAUACCACUGAGGAGUGAUGGAAAUAAGCAGGUGCAUUCGCUGAUACCGCAUGUGCAACCAAGACUAAAUGACAGCGGAAGAAGAUCAUCUAUGGAGACCUUGGACUUUAUGUGGGAUGAGGAGGCAAACAAAUCGAUCCCCAUAACUGAGAUGGAAAAGGAGAAAAAAGGGUCAGCCUUUUUCACGUUGGGAUCAUUUACAAAACAAAGAAGUUUCUCAGUAACUGAAUUAGACGAGAAAAAAAGAAAGAGAGUCUCCCUGGAGCCAGAAAAAAUCGUUAAGAGAAAUAAAUGCCCUACAGCCACGGAACUGGUGGAAACACUAAAGGCUAUAGUGGAGUGCACUAAGAACUUAGACAAAGUGGUCGGGGAGAACAGGAACACCAAAACUGAGAUCAAGGACAUUGUGUCAAAACUGAAGAGAAGAACGGAUAACCUAAGCAGAAACACAAUAAAGGAGUGGCUCGAACAGCAUAUGCACGAACCAGUACCUAUACCGACAUACGAAGGCGAUACGCAGACGGAAGAGGACCAGUCGCAAAGUGUACAAAGGGCUACCAAACCGACAAGGGAGUUCGGAACCCAGACGGAUCACGAGGGGACGAUGGAGGAACCAGAUGUGGGGAGGAUUAACCUGGAUGAACUAAACACCUUCGAAGACUUCGCAAGAGCGAGGGAAUCCGGGUGGAAGAAGUACAAUUUCGAGAAAUCAAAAAUUAUAGUGGGAAAUCCACUGGGUACAGACGAUUGCACCACGAAGGUGGUGUUCUUGGAGCCAUCGGACCCGAACAUGGAGAGGGGGAUUCAGAUGGUUUUCAAGGAGCGUUUUCCGGAGUUGGCUGGUGACAAAAAAUACGAGGUAAUCGAACAACGGAUAUACACACGGACCGGGAGUACGGAGAAAGAAACUAAGAAAAAGAUUAUCAAAGCAUCUAAUAACAGAUCGGAGGAGGAUCUGUGGGACAAUUGGGCAAAGAUUAGGGACGAAACAACCAGUGAUAGUGCAGUGGCGGUACACACUUUAGAGGGCAUAAGCACGGAGAAGCUUAGAAGAAUCAUUGAAUGUAUCUUCUACGGGAGAGACAAACAGGUGUGGAUAUAUAGCCAGGAGGCCAAGAACAAGGGGAUAGCAGGUGAAAGACCCACAUACGCCCUAGUGCUGGAGAGUGCGGGGAGGUCAUACGCGGAUACCCUAAAUGAGGUAAAGGCGGCGGUAGGGGAUAACCCAGCCAGAAACAGGAUAAGAAACAUCCGCAGCACUAGGGAGGGAAAGAUGGUUAUCACCCUAGAUAGGGAUAAAGAGGCGAUGGGUGAGAUCCAAAAGGCAAUCAAUGACACAAUAAAGGUAAGGGUCAGUACGCCCGGACAGAGGCAAAACGAGACAGUAUAUAUAAGAGGUAUAGAUGGCACAACUGACAAGACCGAGGUAGAGAGGGCAUUAAAGGCGCGGCUGGCUUCGAUAGGGGAGACACAGUGGAACCUAAGCGAGCUGAGGCCAAGCUUUGGCAAUAACCAAACGGCAACGCUAUCCGCCGGCAAGGAGGCAAUUAAAUUACUGGUGGACACAGGGCACAUAAGGAUAGGGAUGGUAAGGUGCGAAAUUGUAAAACGAGUGGCGGUGACUCGCUGCUACAGGUGCUGGGCAUAUGACCAUAGGGCAGCUGACUGUAAGGGCCCAGACAGGUGGAACCUGUGCCAUAAAUGUGACAAAGAGGGCCACAAACACAAGGAAUGCCCAAACAAGGAUGCAUGCAUUCUGUGCCAUAAUAAGAGCCAGAGAGGCAGAAAAGGAAAGGCCCCGUACAUCAUAGCGGAGCUAAAGUUUCUUCAAUUAAACUUCGGGAGAAGAAAAGCUGCGCACGACGUCAUCGAACAGCUGAUAUAUGAGGAAGGUAUUGGACUUAUUCUGGGGCAGGAACCCAACAGAGAUAAAGUAGCAAACGAACUCUGCGGCAAGAAGAGGGAUAGCUUCAUCAGUGUUAGGGAUAAUAUAGAGGUGGUAAGUGAAUAUUGUGGUGUAGGCUUUGUGGGUGCGGAGCUGAAGAAGGCAUGGGUGUACUCGUGCUACUUCUCUCCAAAUGGGGAGGUAGCGGAAUUAGAAAACCUGCUGAAAAACCUGGGUAGGCACAUAAGAGGUACAAAAGGUAAGGGCAAAAUCAUCGCGGGGGACCUAAAUGCCAGGACACCGUUGAUAGGGAACAGUGUCACAAAUGAGAGGGGGAAAAUCCUCGAGGAUUGGUUCAUGGCCCAAGAUUUGGUUUUAGCCAACGUUGGUAAUAAGCCAACCUUCGCAGGGAAAGGAGGGUCAUCGGUAAUAGAUUUUACUGCGGCUACACCCGAUCUGGCAAACAGUAUUAUGGAAUGGGAGGUGGAGGAUGAUAAAGAAAACCUGAGCGAUCACAGGAACAUUAGGUUCAAGGUUAUGAGGAAGGACCCUACAAAUAACAGACUGACACCUUGGGGCUUUCGAGUAGACAAAAAAAGGCUAGAAACCUUCGCCAAUAGCUGUGGUAACUUGUUCACGGGAGAAAAGGAAAGCCCCGAGGAACUGAUGAGGGCUAUUCAGGAAAGAGCUGGUAGGAGACAGCCAGUUUACUGGUGGAAUGGGGAAAUUGGCGAACUUAGAAGCACCUGCAUACAUCUGCGCAGGAAAGUCACUAGGGCGAGGAGAGCGAAUCCUGGGGGGCCUGGGUACGUUGCGUUAACGGAGGACUACAAGACGGCGAAAAAUAACCUGAAGAAAGAAAUCUGGAAAGCCAAAAAGGCAAACUGGAUAAGGCUCUGUGAAGAAUUAAACGAUGACAUCUGGGGAAAGGCCUACAAAAUCGUUACCAGAAAGCUAAAGCUGAGGAGGGGAAACGUGAUCCCCCCAGAUGUCAUCAGUAAACAAAUUAGCAUGCUCUUCCCAAGGGGAUCUGGCGGGGGGGAUACCGGCCCGCCGGUGAAUCUGGAGGAGGACUUUCCUGGCUUUACGGAGGAGGAGCUGACGAGAGCUACGAUACAAUUAAAGAACAGGAAGCCGGCAGGCCCGGAUGGGGUUAUGCCGGAGAUAAUCAAGGUGUGUAUCGAAGCGGGCCGGAGCGCAUUCCUGAAGGUGUUCAACAAGUGUCUAAGGCAGGGGACCUUCCCUGUGAUAUGGAAAGAAGCCAGGCUGGUCCUAAUAGAAAAACCUAAGAAAAACAGUAGCGAGGAGCAGGCGUACAGACCGAUAUGCCUGAUAAACGCUGCAGGGAAGGUAUUGGAGAUUAUGGUCAAGAACAGGGUACAGGAUAAACUAGAGGAACACAAUAUACUGCACGAAGAGCAAUACGGCUUCAGGAAAGGGAGGUCAACUAUAAAUGCCAUUAAGAGAAUCAAGGGUCUGGCAGAAUCAAUACGCAGCAAGGCCCUUAAGAACCAGGAGCACUGCUGCAUGAUUCUGCUGGAUAUAGAAAACGCCUUCAACUCGGCCCCCUGGCACAAAAUAGUGGAGGCCGUGAAAAAGGCGAACAUAGGGGGGUACGAAACUAGACUUAUUGAGAGCUACCUUUCGGAUAGGGCCAUAAUAACACCCCAGGGGGACAAGGUAGGGGUGAACUGUGGGGUCCUGAGGAUCCCCAGGGAAGAGGGAAUAGACCUGGUCGCAUAUGCAGAUGAUCUGGCGAUAGUGGCGAGGGCAAGGACCGAGCAAAGGCUAGUGGAGAAGGCGGAGCACGCGGUGUGGACAGUGGUGGAAACGCUGAGGGAAAUGGGUGUUAAGGUGGCCGCCAAGAAAACAGAAGUGUUGAUCUUGGUGAGUAUAAGAACUCUCACGAAGCUUGAGUUAAGGGUUCAGGGUCAGGUGGUGGAAAGUCAGGAAACAGUGAGAUACCUUGGAGUGCACAUGGGAAGAAACAUGAGGAUGGCCAACCAUGUAAAAAAAGCGUCCGAGAAGGCCGCUGAGAUGACGAAGGUGCUGAGUAGAGUCAUGCCCAGCACUUUUGGACCAAGGAGCGGCAAGAGGAGGGUCAUGGCAUCCUCAGUCAUCUCGGCCACACUGUAUGGCGCUAGCCAAUGGGUGGAGGCGCUCAAACACCACAAGAACGUGGAGAUGUUGGACAGGGUAAGCCGGAGACUAGCCAUUGGCAUAACGGCAGCUUAUAGAACGGUGUCCACAGCGGCGGUGCAGGUUGUGGCAGGACUCCCACCAAUGGACCUAAUGGUGAGGGAAAGGGCCCAUGUCAAGGAUAACGGACCAGACUCGAGGGAGUGGGCAAGAGAGGCCACCCUAAGGGCGUGGCAGGAGAGAUGGGACGGAUAUGAGGGGUGGGCCAAGACCUUCAUUAAAAACAUUGGUGACUGGCACAGCAGCAAGGGUAGGGAUGUGGACCACUACGUGACACAGGCGAUCAUGGGGCACGGUUCCUUCUCUACCUACCUCUUCAAGAUAAGGAAGAAGAACAACACCAAAUUUCUGACGUUCAGAGAAAGGGCGGCAGGACGAUGUGGUGUAGAAAGCAUCACAAGAGAGAUGGUGGGGGAGGUAAUGAUGGGGUCCGAGGAUAACUGGGCUGCGGUGACAGAUUGGCUUAGGGAUGUCAUGAAAACCAAGUGUGAGGAGGAAAAAGGAAUGAGCUGUUACUGUGAUAUUUUAAAAUGUGAGGACCAAGCUAGUAAGUGUAUGUGUCAGUCGAGGACAGGCUGCGAGAGCUGGAGAAAGAUAGCAUGUCCUGCCAGAAGUAAUGCCGAGAGGCGGUUCCUGGCAGGGGGCAACACGAAGAGAGGAAAGGGUUUUAGUGGGUGGGGAAAAGUCCGAGCCCCACACAGGCCCAACGACAGAUCAACAGCUGGUAUCUUUAUAUGUUAUGCAAUAGUUAUUUAUAUACCGCCAAAUAUUAGUACUAAUGAUUUUGAGCAAUUUUUUGAAUUACUUUGUCUUUGUGAUUGGUUGUAUAACAAAAAUGUUUUAAUUUUUGGAGAUUUUAAUGUUAAUAGUUAUAAUAGUGAAAAUGAUAGUGAUUCUAAAAAGCUUUGUCUUAUAAAUUUUAAAAACUUUUUGGAGCUUAAUCAAGUCAAUAUAAUACUAAAUAAUCAUAAUGCGAUGUUGGAUCUAAUUUUUACGAAUAUUAAAUGUGAAGUCAAACGUUCUGAUUAUCCCUUUGUUAAGAUUGAUCUGUUCCACCCGCCUCUUGAAAUAGACAUUGAAGCCAAGGUUUCAAAAUAUAAAAAUUUUGACAUUUCUGAUAAUAGAAGGUACAAUUUUCAAAAAGCUAAUUAUAUUAACCUAUAUAAUAAACUAAGUAUAAUUGAUUGGUCUUUUUUAAAUAACAGUGCGGACAUUGAUACCGCUUGCGAUUUGUUUUACUCUGUUCUUUCAUCCGUGAUUGAUAAGCACGUUCCUCUUUAUAAAAAUAAAAAAAUAUGUUAUCCAAUUUGGUAUAGUAAAGAACUAAUCAGGAUGCUUCAAAAUAAACAAAAGGCACAUGAGACUUUUAAAAUUUUUAAUAGUGAAUAUUCUUACCAACUCUUUAAAGAUCAAUGUAAAAAAAAAAUAAAAUCAGAUUAUGAUGAAUACAUUAUCAACAUUCAAAAUAAACUUACUUUGGAUCCUAAAUCUUUCUCGUCGUUUGUAAAUAAUAAAAGAUCUAUUAGUAGAAUUCCGGGAGUAAUGCAACUGGAUGGUGUUGAAAGCUCUGAACCACAGCCUAUUGUAGAAAUGUUUGCCGAAUAUUUUGCCAGUGUUUAUACAACAUCUGAUCCAAAACAUAAUGUGAAAAAUGAUCCUUAUUUCUCUCAAUCAUUAGUCACCAUAAAGGCUAUUACGGAACAAGAUAUUCAGGCAUCCAUUGCAAAACUUAAAAAUUCUCCUACGGCAGGAUUUGAUGGUGUGCCUAGCUUUCUCAUAAAAGAUUACAUUAAGUGUAUUUUGUCACCCCACCAACAUGGAUUUUUUGAAAGAAGAAGCACGCUAUCAAAUUUAACAGUAUUUACGCAGUAUGUUGCCGAAGGCAUUGAUAAUAGGGAUCAAAUUGAUGUUAUUUACACCGACUUCAAAAAAGCUUUCGAUCAAAUCGAUCAUUUUGUUUUAAUGAGCAAACUUGAACAAAUUGGCUUUAGCAAUAAUUUAAUUAAACUAUUUGAAUCAUAUCUUAUAAAUAGGAAACAAAUGGGUUCCAAUCUGGGGCCCCUUCUAUUUUUAAUUUUUAAUAAUGAUCUACCAGAUAACAUUGUUUGUGAAAAAUUACUAUUCGCCGAUGAUCUGAAAAUAUUUAAAAUUAUUAAGGAUAUUGAAAGUUGUCUCUGCCUGCAAAAAGAUAUUAAAAACAUAGAAAGGUGGUGUGAGUUAAAUCGUUUAAAUUUAAAUAUUAAUAAAUGCAAAGUAAUAAGCUAUACAAACAAACAAACUCCAGUUUUGUUUGAAUAUAAGAUUAACCAUAUUACUCUGGAUCGAGUUUUUAGCAUGAGGGAUUUGGGAGUUACAAAUUCUGCAGGUAUUAAAAGUGAAAAAUGUCUUAAGACUUUAUAUUAUUCUUUAGUUCGAACAAAACUGGAGUAUUGUUCUUUAAUAUGGUCACCAGUUUACAAUGUUUAUAUUAGGCGGGUCGAAUCGAUCAAUCGUAAAUUUUUGAAAUAUUUGAAUUUAAAAGUUAAUGGUUUUUACCCUCCUCAAGGAUUUAAUCAUUCUUCUUUACUUGAUCGUUUUGGUUUUACAUCCCUGGAAACAAGAAGAAUAAAUUCGUCAUUGACAUUUCUAUUUAAGUUAUUAAAUAAUAAAAUUGACUGUGAUAUAAUCUUAAAUAAAAUCAAUUUUAACGUCCCCAGAAUUGAAUCGCGCUCAAUGCGCACUUUUAAAUGUCAAAUCUGCAGAACCAACGUACUACCUAAAGCUACAGUAAAUGUUUUGUUUCGAACAAAACUGGAGUAUUGUUCUUUAAUAUGGUCACCAGUUUACAAUGUUUAUAUUAGGCGGGUCGAAUCGAUCAAUCGUAAAUUUUUGAAAUAUUUGAAUUUAAAAGUUAAUGGUUUUUACCCUCCUCAAGGAUUUAAUCAUUCUUCUUUACUUGAUCGUUUUGGUUUUACAUCCCUGGAAACAAGAAGAAUAAAUUCGUCAUUGACAUUUCUAUUUAAGUUAUUAAAUAAUAAAAUUGACUGUGAUAUAAUCUUAAAUAAAAUCAAUUUUAACGUACCCAGAAUUGAAUCGCGCUCAAUGCGCACUUUUAAAUGUCAAAUCUGCAGAACCAACGUACUACCUAAAGCUCCAGUAAAUGUUAUGUUUCGAACAAAACUGGAGUAUUGUUCUUUAAUAUGGUCACCAGUUUACAAUGUUUAUAUUAGGCGGGUCGAAUCGAUCAAUCGUAAAUUUUUGAAAUAUUUGAAUUUAAAAGUUAAUGGUUUUUACCCUCCUCAAGGAUUUAAUCAUUCUUCUUUACUUGAUCGUUUUGGUUUUACAUCCCUGGAAACAAGAAGAAUAAAUUCGUCAUUGACAUUUCUAUUUAAGUUAUUAAAUAAUAAAAUUGACUGUGAUAUAAUCUUAAAUAAAAUCAAUUUUAACGUACCCAGAAUUGAAUCGCGCUCAAUGCGCACUUUUAAAUGUCAAAUCUGCAGAACCAACGUACUACCUAAAGCUCCAGUAAAUGUUAUGUUGGGCGAAAUAGCAUUUCACCCACAGGCUGACUUUAAGUUAAAUUUGGAAAAAAGUGAGGUUAAAACUAAUUGA